AUGGAAGAGCAAGACCCAGAAGGAUUUGGACCUGGCAAGAGAGCAAAGAAAUGCCCCCAGCCCAUUCAAGCUGGAAGUGGCAUUGCCUCCUGGGAAACAGCUGUGCCAGAAAUCUGGGAUCAGGAGCCCCUGAACUCAGAAGUACAUUGCCGACGCUUCAGGCAGUGCCGCUACUGUGAAGCUGACGGGCCCCGAGAGGUUUGCAGCCAGCUCCAUGGACUUUGCAACCACUGGCUGAAGCCAGAGAGACACACCAAGAAGCAGAUCCUGGACCUGGUGAUCCUGGAGCAGUUUCUGACCAUCCUGCCCCAGGCAAUGCAGCACUGGGUCAGAGGAUGCGGGCCUGAGACCAGUUCCCAAGCGGUGGCCCUUGCCGAAGGCUUCCUCCUGAGUCAGGUAGAGGAGAAGAGGCAGGCAGAACAGAGUUGGGGUCCAUCCAUGAAGAUGGAAGCUGAGUUCUGUGAGACGGAAGGAGUUUUGUUGGAGGAAGGGCAGCGGGCCCAGGAGCAUGCCCAAGAUGCCCUCUCAUGCGGCAGUGAAGAGGCAGUGCUGAUCCAGUCUCUUUGCGAAGGUGUGGAAACUGCUGUUGCACCUCCAGUCCAGUCUUCAGUUUCCUUUGGUGAGGUAGCCAUGUAUUUCACUAAAACAGAGUGGGCCCUGUUGGAUCCAGACCAAAAAGCUCUUUACAGGGAAGUCAUGCUGGAGAACUACAGGAGCGUGGUCUCUCUGGCAGGGGAUGAUCAGUGGAAGGUGGGUGAUGAGGAAUUGCAUCACCUCUUAACCGAUGAAGUGAAGAGUGAAGAUUUGAAAGGAAGCUUCAGGAAUCAAGGCCAACCUAAGAGGCAAAAAGUAUGUCACAUGGUCGAGAAGAAAGAUAAACCCAUUUCUGGCAAAGGGCGGGAUUUCCAUGAACGAAGCCACAUGGUGGACGAAGCAUAUAAGUGCUUGGAGUGUGGAAUGAACUUCUCAGAUCAAAACCAAUAUGAUAACCAUUUGCAAAUGCACAAUGGAAAGAAGACCCAUCAAUGCUUGGAGUGUGGCAAGAGCUUCCUUCAUAGAGCAGAACUCCUUAGGCAUCAAAGAACACACAAAGGUGAGAAACCUUAUAGCGACUCAGACGGUGGCAAGAGCUCACACAGUUCAGACCUUUUUGAACACAAAAGAAUUCAUUCAGCACAGAAUCCAUUUAUCUUCACAGAAAGUGGAAGGAUGUUCUCUUGUGGAAGAAAAGGAAAUGCACUUUCCCCGAAGCAUAGGAUAAUGGGGGCACAUAAAUGCUUUCGGUGUGGAAAGAAUUUCAGAUACAGAUCAAAGCUCCUUGUGCACCAAAAAAUACACACAGGGGAGAAACCUUUUGAAUGCUCAGAGUGUGGAAAAAGAUUCAGUCGCAGUGGCCAUCUUCAACAGCAUCAAAGAACCCACACAGGGGAGAAACCUUUUGAAUGCUCAGAGUGUGGAAGGAGAUUCAGUCAUAGUAGCAGUCUUAAAAAGCAUCAAAGAACCCACACAGGGGAG